AUGGAUAAAGAUGCUUCUUUUGGAAUCACCAAUCAUAACCUUUUGCUGUGUGAAUUUGAAAGAAUUGUAAACAUUUCUUUUGAAGAAAUGAAUACAAAUAAUGCAAAAGAAAUUGUCCCUUCUAAUUUAUUGUGGACCGACACGUUAAGAAAAAAAGCUGAUGUGAAGCGUAAGGAAACAAUUGAAGAAAAUAAAAGAAGAAGGGAAAGAAAAAGAAAUAUUUUAAUAAAUAAUAAAAGAAGAAAUAAUUCAUAA